AUGCCUAGGAAGGCAUUCACCAUUUGUUAUCUACCCAUCAUCCUACUAUCGGCUUUCGUCUGCUGCCAGGAUCUGAGCAUACCUUUCAACUGGCGGAAGCCCAAAUCCAACCUAUCGUCAUCCGAGCGCCUCGAUAUCGCACAGUCGGCCAUUGAGCUGCUGAUCCCAGCCAUCCAACUCUCUGGAGAUGGCACCGGUCAGGGCAUGAGUACGUGGUCAUCAGGGAAUAUCCCGGCAGCUCUCGCGCAACACGACUACAUCGCGCGCUCUCAGAACUAUCACGCUCUUGUUACAAGCACCAUUCAGUUGUUUCGUGAUACGUAUCCUCCCAUCUUUGAUCAAACUUUGACCCUGAAGAACGUGGUCAGUGAACCCAUAAUGUGGGGUUUAGCAGCUUUCUACGGCGCCCGCGCAUACAACGACUCGGGUCUGCUCAGUCUCGCGGUCGAUGUAUGGAAUGUUGCGCAGCCAUACUACGUUUCCGUCCAGGACGGCGCACGUGGUACCCAAGCCUCAAGAAACGAAAGCUUCCCAACCAAUUGCAUCCCGACCACCACGUCCGCCGGUGCCGUAUUUUGGGUGUCCUAUCAACCUUGGGAGAUGGAGUCCAACGUGAUCACCGUUGGCGCAUAUGUCGCUUUAUCCGCACACCUGUGGGAAUCCACCAAAGACACGACCUACCUAGACUCUGCGGAGCAGUCAGCGCACUUCAUAUACGACCAUUUGUACUCAGAGACAGACAAGGUCCUUUGGGAUAGCUAUAAUCUCUCGGAUUGCAACAACAAUGGGUUUCAGUGGAUACACAACCAAGGGUUCUUCCUCGAAGGCAUCUCAAUUCUGAGCUCCGCAUCGGUACACAACAACACGACGUCAUGGGCGACGAUCCUGCAGACCCUUGUCAUCUCUACUGUGAAAAACCCCAUCUGGGUCAUCGGCAACGGCAGUAAUGCAGGAAUCCUACUUGGCGAUUCAGCCAGUAACCCUGAGCAGUUCCAGGACCAGUUCAUAUGGAAAAACGUCUUCAUUCGCGCUCUCUAUGAGAUCUGGGCCCGUUCGGCUCUGUCAAGCCCACUGGCUAGUCUGAUAGAGGCAUUCAUCAUGGUGCAGUACAAUGCCUUAUUAGAUCUUGCAUCCGCCAACGAGACCUUCUACUCUCCAAUCUGGACGGGUCCUCCGGUGGAUGAGAGCUCGGCCUGGGGCCAGUUGUCUGCCGUGGACGUUCUGAAUGCGGCUAUUGGCAUGUCACCAGCGGAGAGCUCAAUGACGGCGACUCCUAUGUCACAGGCAAAGCCUACAUCCCGUCCCGUGGCACCACACGCGAACGCGCACGCAUCCUCACUGUCAGACGGAGACAUUGCUGGCAUCUGCAUCGGUGUCAGCAUCGUUGUCGCGUUGAUCAUCUUGGGCGCUUUCCGUACUAGACGCCGCCAGCGCCGCAAUCGUGGGAAGGACUCGGAAGACCUACAUAAGCCCGACCCAUUUGCUGCGAGCACACCGAGCACGGAGCACGCCUACUCAGAGUUCGAGGCGACUAGCGGGCGACCCAUCGGGUACCUUGUGAAGGAUAGGCGCCACAAUCUAGCCGAUUCGCAUGGAGAAGGAACAAGCUUCGUUCCUCCCUCGAACGAUCACCGGCCCGUCACGACCAUUGCUACGUCUUCCACGCCUCACGAAGCGUAUGCGAGGACAACACCCGUAACGGACUCCGUAGUUACAACCUCGGGACCACCAGUAGAUGUCCCCGAUACGGUCUUGGCGCGCUUGCUUCAGCAAGUCGUUGAGAGACUGCAUGUGCAAGAGACCGAGACUGCACCACCGACAUAUACCAGACAAUGA